UGUUGGUUUGAUAAGAACGCGCCUUCAACUGAGCCACACUCUCUUUCAUAUACACGUUAACACAUUUCAUUAAUUAAAUAAGAGCGUUUGUUAUAUAGAAUUUAUAUUGCGAUAAAACUUAAACAACAACCACAAGAAGAAGGAAAAAGAAAACAAGCCCGAAACUAGGCAAAGUGGAGAAAGGUGUGUCAACAGAAAAAAAAGAAUAAAAUCUACAACAGCAACAGCUACUAUAAUACUACAGUUUCAGAGCAAAUCGAAUGGAUAUAAUGCAAACAUGUUAUAUUUUUCUUACCAUUUAAAUUGUUUAUAUAGUCGUUUGCGUGUGUUUGUGUAGAGAUUUUCCUUUUUUCGUGUACAUUUUGAAGAAAGAGAGAGAAAAAAGGAAAGAAUAGACGGGAAAAGUGCGAACAAACAGACAGAGUAGAAACGUGCUAGAAAAAUUCAAAGAGAAAAAAAAAAUAGGCGGCGUGAAGCACCACACGAUAAUAUUUUAAAUAUAUAGUAUUGUAGUCGAUACACAACUAGUAAAUAACCAACGCCUAUCAAAACCAAAAAAGCAAUAUAUAUUUUUUAUUGAAAAUAUUUGUGUCAUAAGUGAAAAUCUAAUUGAGGCGACCACGACUGCAAACGAAAAACUACCAGUGAGAAGAAAAAUCGCAUCGCAACACAGAGUAGAACCGAAGAAAAUUAUUGGCAAGAAGAAUUGAUCGAACCGCAUCGAGAGAAACUAUAAAACGCAACGCGGAUUCCAUGUGCUUGUGAUUGAGUGGUGCGAACGACGACGAAAGAAUUUCUGUGACAGGCACACACACACAGACCACGCUACGAUAAUAACGACGACAACGACGAUCACGCACAGAGGAAUUGGCUUGUGGUGGUGGUGUGUGUGUGGCUCCAAUUCUUUUUUUUCGGUUUGUUUGUUCUUUUUGAUUUGCAAAUCGGCGCAUACAAAUUAGAAUUGGCUGCUGUCAAAUAAACACAUUCCCUAGUCAAAAUGAUCGAUCCAAGCUCAAGUGAAGAGGAAAGUGAUGAAGAGCAAACCGGGCAUCAUCAUCAUCAUCAUCGCCAUCAUCCAGCAAAGCAUGCGGCUGGUGGUAGCGGAAGCAGUCAUGGAACGAUUGGUACAUCAUCGACAACUUUGGCUGGUGGAAACAUUAGCAGCGCAAGCACGCUUAGAAAUAACUUUGGCGGUAGCACAAGUUCUGGAAUUGGAAUGCACGGCCAUCACAAUUCAUCAGCAUCUGAUUACGGUAGUAUUGGCGGUAGCUCAGGUCAUGUUACACCGCAACAUUUAGCUAGCAAUCAGCAAUCGCAUACGAACCUAAGUAUGGGACAUCAUCAUGCAAUGGGACCAGAUGGCAGCGCAGCAGCGGGGAAACACGAUGAUAAUAGAGAUGUGUAUCAACGGCCAUACCAAAGUGCCUCUGGCAGCAGUGCCGACUAUUCAACGGGUGGCGGUAAUUUAGACGUAACGAAUAAGAAAAUGGCUAGGAAUCUAUCGCCUUCUAGUAUAUCACAAGACAAAGUGAAUCAGCAGUCAAGCGGAUCAUCACGUGUUAAUUCCUUACCACGACCAACGUCACCGUCUCCGUCCGUUGUGAGCGAGAAAAAUGAAGGCGAGAUUCAAGAGCGGCAGGAACGCGAAGAAGAAGACCGAAAACGACGUAUCCAACUGUAUGUGUUUGUAUCACGUUGCAUAGCAUAUCCAUUUAACGCCAAACAGCCGACCGACAUGACGCGACGCCAAAUUAAGAUCACCAGACACCAGCUCGAAACAAUCACAUCGAGAUUUAUCGCCUUUCUGAAGGGUGACACACCAAUCAUGGCCGACGAAGCGUUUCAAAAUGCCGUACAAUCGUAUCACGAUGUGUUUCUUAAGUCCGAACGCGUUGUCAAAAUGGUCGAAUCGGGCGCUUGUUCACAGCAUGAUUUCCGCGAAGUGUUUCGAAAUAAUAUCGAAAAACGUGUCAGGUCCUUGCCAGAAAUCGAUGGUCUCAGCAAAGAAACGGUGCUAACAUCAUGGAUGGCAAAAUUCGAUUGCAUUCUGAAGGGAACAGGUGACGAAGACUCCAAACGACCGUCACGAAUGCAACAACCACUCAAUAGCGAACUCAUUUUAUCGAAAGAUCAACUGUACGACAUGUUUCAGCAGAUUUUAGGCGUCAAAAAAUUCGAACAUCAAAUCCUUUUCAAUGCACUAAUGUUGGAUUCAGCUGAUGAACAAGCAGCGGCUAUACGUCGUGAGCUCGAUGGACGAAUGCAACGUGUCGGUGAAAUGGAAAAGAAUCGAAAAUUGAUGCCGAAAUUUGUUCUCAAAGAAAUGGAGUCGCUGUACAUUGAAGAGUUAAAAGCAUCGAUUAACUUGUUGAUGGCCAACUUAGAAUCGUUACCGGUUUCAAAGGGAUCAUUAGAUUCGAAAUUCGGCAUGCAAAAGCUCAAGCGCUACAAUCACAGUACACCAUCGUUUCUAAAAAUGAUUCUAAGGUCACAAGGUUCAUUGGCACGUGACGGUGAUUCGACGGAUGGUGACCAAAAUACACUCACAAAAAUGGAUGUCGUGCUAACAUUUCAGCUGGAAGUGGUGGUCAUGGAAGUGAAAGGCUUGAAAUCGCUAGCACCAAAUCGAAUUGUUUACUGCACCAUGGAAGUAGAAAAUGGCGAAAAGCUGCAAACUGAUCAGGCUGAAGCAUCCAAACCAAUGUGGGACACACAAGGUGAUUUUACGACAACACAUCCGUUGCCUGUCGUUAAAGUGAAACUGUAUACGGAAAAUCCGGGCAUGCUUGCGCUCGAAGAUAAAGAAAUUGGCAAAAUUGCUCUACGACCAACGCCACUCUCAUCAAAAGCACCCGAAUGGCAUCGACUGACUGUUGUUAAAAAUCACCCGGACCAAGAUCUACGUAUAAAGAUUGCGUGUCGCAUGGACAAACCGUUGAAUAUGAAGCACUGCGGUCAUUUAUAUGCGAUAGGCAAAUCGGUGUGGAAGAAAUGGAAAAAGCGAUACUUUGUACUCGUUCAAGUGUCACAGUACACAUUUGCCAUGUGCAGUUAUAAAGAGAAGAAGUCUGAACCGUCGGAAAUGACAAGUAUGGAUGGUUUUACGGUGGAUUACAUUGAACCAGCCAGCGCCAAUCUAAUGGUUGGAAUGGACUUGGAGGGUGGCCGAUAUUUCUUCAAUGCGGUGCGCGGCGAUGGCGAUAGCAUUUUAUUUGCAUGUGAUGACGAAAAUGAGUGCAGCCUAUGGGUGAUGGCAAUGUACCGUGCAACGGGACAAUCGCUCAAACCAACACCACCGUUGACUCAGGACAAAAACUCAACCAUAUCGAAAAUUCAAGGUGACGCAGACAAAGCACGCAAACACGGCAUGGAAGACUUUAUCAGCGCCGAUCCAUGCACAUUUGAUCAUGGGAAUCUGUUUCGCAUUCUGCAAAAUCUCACAUUGGAUUAUCGAUUGAACGAUCCGUAUGCAUCGUUGGGUUGGUUUAGUCCUGGUCAACUGUUUGUGCUCGACGAAUACUGUGCUCGAUACGGGGUGCGAGGCUGUUAUCGACAUUUGUGCUACUUGGCUGAUCUCCUCGAUCGUGCCGAAAAGCACAUAAUGAUCGAUCCAACGCUAAUACACUAUUCAUUUGCCUUCUGUGCCAGUCACGUUCAUGGUAAUCGUCCAGAUGGUGUCGGCAGCAUAACACACGAAGAAAAAGAACGCUUCCAAAAGAUCAAAGAACGUUUACGCGUUCUACUUGAGUAUCAGAUCACCAAUUUUAGGUACUGUUUUCCAUUUGGUCGGCCCGAGGGUUCGUUGAAAGCCACACUAUCACUGUUAGAACGUGUUCUGAUGAAAGACAUUGUGACACCGGUACCGCCAGAAGAAGUGCGUUCUAUGAUUAAAAAGAGCUUAGAGACUGCUGCAUUAGUUAACUACACACGGCUAUCGUCCGAAGCAAAAAUCGAAGAAGAUUUACGCGGCGAUGUCAUUGUGCCACCUUCGAAGAAACUUGAAGACUUAAUCCAUUUGACGGAGCUCUGCGUUGAUCUAUUGCAACAAAAUGAAGAGCAUUAUGCUGAGGCAUUUGCAUGGUUUAGCGACUUACUGGUUGAACAUGCAGAAAUAUUUUGGUCAUUGUUUGCUGUUGAUAUGGACCGAGUAUUGGCUGAGCAACCGCCAGACACCUGGGACUCAUUUCCAUUAUUCCAAAUUUUAAAUGAUUAUCUGAGGACAGACGAUAAUUUGAAAAAUGGUCGGUUCCAUCAACAUUUACGUGAUACAUUCGCACCGUUGGUGGUGCGAUAUGUGGAUUUAAUGGAAUCAUCGAUCGCUCAAUCGAUACACAAAGGUUUCGAAAAAGAGCGAUGGGAGAGCAAAGGCAACGGAUGCGCCACAUCGGAAGAUCUGUUUUGGAAAUUGGAUGCGUUGCAAUCGUUUAUACGUGAUUUACAUUGGCCCGACGAAGAGUUCCGCGAACAUUUGGAACAACGAUUAAAAUUAAUGGCCUGCGACAUGAUUGAGUCGUGCAUUCAACGCACCGACGGUGCAUUCCAAUCGUGGCUCAAGAAAAGUGUUACAUUCAUAUCGACCGAUUAUAUCAUUCCGUCAGAAAUGUGCGCCAUGGUUAAUGUCAUUUUAGAUGCGAAAAACCAAAGCUUUAAACUUUGUGCCGUCGAUGGUGUCGAUGUGCAUCAAUAUCAUGCAAAAAUUGACGAUCAAAUCGAUAAAACGUUGGCCAGCAUGAAUAUGGGCUUAAUCAACAAACUGAUGUCCGUAUUGGAAGCAUCACUUUCGAAACUAUCGCGCUACGAUGAAGGCAGUUUCAUUGGAUCGAUUCUGAGUUUCACGAAUGUGUCUGGGUCUGGUAAAGAUCUUGGUCAGGGCUAUGUGAAUUUUGCGCGCAACAACAUGGAUCAAAUCCGUGGUAAAAUCAAUGAUGAACUUUGGAUCUUAACAUUCUUCGAACAAUGGUAUACAUCGCAAAUAAAUAUGCUGUGCAAUUGGCUGUCGGAGCGUUUAGGACAUUCGUUACAUUUUUACCAGUGUACCUGUUUAGCACAUAUUGUUAAGAAAAUCUAUUCCGACUUCGAAUUACAAGGCGUAAUGGAAGAUAAACUGAACUCCAAGGCAUAUCAAACGGUAUCGCAGCGCAUGCAAACGGAAGAGGCGACCUGUGCUUUGACCAUGAACAAUCAUCCCGAUGGCGAUGAUGCAUUCGAUGGUGACGAUGGAACGGGUGCCGCAUCGGUGGCAUCGGCCAGUUCGGCCGGAAAAGGUAAAGUUGGAAAUUUGUUCGGUAAAGGCAUCGGUGGAAUAGGGUCAAAACUUGGUGGUGGAGGCUGGUUCUAAGUAAAUAGUAUAUCAAAUCAAGCAAAAAAAGAAAGAAAAAUAAAAAAGAAACGAACAAUUGAAAACGGAUUGUAGAUUUGUUAAUAGAGUGUGUAGGAUGAUGAUGAUGAUGAUGAUGAGAAGCAAAAACACAUACACACACACACACACAUACACACACACACACAAAAUAAUACCAUGCUGAACACUUGACACAGAAUAACCCAAGGUUAGAAAUAUACAUACGCUUCCCGAAAGAAAAAUAAGAACGAACAAACAGAAUCCUCCCCAUAGCUUAACCACUUUGGCUCGCCUCUAGAGAAAUGAGAGAACAUGCCACACUCUGUCAGCCACAUACACACACACACACACGCGCUGGACAAACAUUUUGAUAUUGAAACACACAAACAUACUUUGAACACACACACACACACACACAGAGAGAAACACAUAUACACGAACUCCCCAACGCAGUACGUAUACUCUCUAUUUGCAUUGAAAAUACGAUUGAUUGUUUUGUCUUGCCAUUGAACAUCUUUUUCUCUCGUUCAUAUAUAGACUACUUUUAUAUAUUUGUUUUUUCUUCACAAGCUUUAAAAAAUGUAGUAAAUUUUUUCGACGGUGAGACAACCAUAAAUCUUUAACAAACAAAAAACACACACACACCCAUAUAGAUACAACCCAAAAUACAAAGAAA